AUGCCAGGAGCGACUUCCGGAAGACCUCGAGGUCGACCUCCGCCCAUUGGGAAAGAGCUCGGCGGCAAGACGGUCAGCAAGACUGUUGAGAUCAGUCAGAGCACGCCAGCCACCCCCUCUACGCGCAAGAGGAAGGCAGCCCGUUCUCCCGAGCCAGAGGAAGCCACGACACCAGUGGCUCAGCGCCAGAUCCUGAACACGACCAGCAAAUCUGCCAAGAAGGCUCGUCACCAAGAACCAGAGCAGGUCCCAUCGACUCCGCGCCGCAACAAGAAGCGGGCCUUGUCGCCCGAGAUCGAGUCCCCUCGCACUAAGGAGGCAGGCAACCUCUUCAAACGUCUGCGCAUCCAGGCCUCUCCAUCCAGGAGCGUCUUUCGCCUGUCCUCGCCCCUGAUCACCCAGGCUUGCACGCCCGCGACGUCUGUCAUCCCAGACACAGAAGACGAGAACAGCGACCAUGCGACCGCCGCUACCACGCCCGAGCCCGAGCCCGAGCAGGCUCUGCCCCAGGAGCUCUUUGACAUUGUCUCGCUCUACACGGCGUUCCUCAAGACUAUUGUGGUGCACUACGCGCACAAUGGCACCAAUACGCCUGUCGACCUCCGCCAGAUCAGCCAGCCUGUCAGCCUGGCAUGGGGCAAGAGACGCAUUUCUCUGGCUGAUAUCCGUCGGUGCGUUGGCGUAAUGGAUGUCGAUUCCAGCACUAUCAAGUCGCCGUUCUACCUCGCCGACUACGGAAAUAAGAAGAUUUGUGUCGAGCUGCGGGACGCGCACCGCGGGCAGCCGUUGGACGAAGGCAGUCUGGUGCACGCGUUUGAGCACAACCUACGGAUGAUGUGGACGAAACUCGGGAACUCGGCGAACCCUGACAUGAACGCAUUUGUCCUGGGCUUACCAAAGGCCCCCGUCACAAGCUGCGAGGCCCUGACAAAAGCCUCGUCCUUGCUGGCCAAGGGGCAACGCAACAUGCAGGAGCUGAAGGCCGGCAUCGCGGCUAGGAAGGAAGAGAAGGCGGCCAGCAAGAUGCCUAUUGUCCUGCAGUCUGCAGAGGGAGAGGGCACAUCCGGCACCCCACAGCUGUCCCUAAUCGACCGCCUCCGCCUCAAGGAAGCCCACCUUGCCAAGCUUGCGGCCACUGGACCCAGCGCUGCCGAGCUUGAGCGCCGUGCCGCGCUGCAGCGCGCCGACGACGUUGCGGCCGUGGUUGCCAUGCUGGCCAAGGCGUCAGGAGGCAUGGGCAUGGGCGGGCGCGUAUCCUUCAGGAUGGUGACGCUACUACAAAAGUUGAAGGACUCGCUGAGGCUGCCAAUCUCGAAGGAGGAGGGCGCGGCUUGUAUCCGGCUUCUUGCGGGCGAGGUCGCACCCGAGUGGCUAAAGAUUGUUGUCAUAGCCGGCAAGGAGAAUGUUGUUGUCCAGAUGGGACGGGCGCCGAGCUCUGGAGAGGUGGUGGAGAGAGUCAAGAAGCUGUCUAACUGA